AUGGAUAACAUCUCCGAUAUUAGGACAUCAAGGGUAGUAAUGAACAUAUUUCUUACAAAUAGGAUUUGCCAGUCCUUGCCGUAUCCUGCGAAUGUAUUCUAUGAUCUGGUCGUUCCCACUGAUAACAAAGUAACCCUGAGAACUGAUGGUCGCGACUUCACAGUUGAUGUGGCUGUAGCUUUUAAGUCUUUACAUAUCAAGGGGAAGAUACAGUUGAUGAUACAUAGUGGCAAGGUUGAUAAUAAUCUGGUGAUUUCUCUGGACGGAAUGGUCAGUGGCCAUGUGUUAGAGUUGGUGAUCGAGUACUGUGAGAAGCAUCCCUUGAAAUAUGAAAAAGAUGUUCGUUCUUCUGAUGCUGAUGUUUCUGAUGAUGAAUGUAUUGAAGUUACCCCUACACCUGAGACCUGGGAUGCUUAUUUUGAUAAGAAGGUCGAUCUCCCUACCUUGUUCGGACUUAUCCUGGCGGCAGACUAUUUGACGAUCAGGAGCCUGUUGGACCUGACAUGCGAGGAAGUUGCUGACAUGAUUAAGGUAAAGACAGCCGAUGGUAUCUGUGAAUUCUUCAAGAUUGAGCAUGCCCUCAUCCCAAGUGAAGAGGAGAGGCUCAGGCGAUAUAUUAGUAUGACAUGA